AUGGAAGGGGCAUUUCUGGCCUGGAGUCCUCUUUGUAUUCUGGGGCUCGUGGUGGGCGGUCUUGUUGAUCUGCUCGGCACAAAGGUCCAACUGCCACCGGGAACAGAGCAGGUAUUCCUCACGCUGGCAUUUGGCGCCGAGGCGUUCCUGAUGUCCUCCCACAAGAAGCACGAGGCUCUGGACGCAACAGUGCAUGGCCUGCUGGCGCUGACAAUGUGGGCAUGCACGCUUUGCACGCUGGGCGAACUCUUUGCGCGGCAUAGCAUGCUUGCCACGGCCGGCCGCACCCUCAGCUGCCUGAUGCAGGGCAUGUGGCUCAUCCAGGGCAUAUGGCUCAUCCAGAUUGGGCAGAUCAUGCACACCACCCCGCUGCCCUGGAGGACGGAUGAGUCAGUGGCGGGGAUAAUGCUGGCGCCUGUUCUAUUCGCCAUGCUGACACUCUUGUGCGCCGUCAUCCUGCUCGCACUCUACCUCAUCCUGCAGGCUUGGCACAACAGGAGUCCCAGUCAACACAGCCGCCUGCCCCUUAGUGACAGCCUGGCAGAGAUCAACUUCCCAGACAUGAUCCACAGCGGCGGCGACUCUGCCCACGAGAACUCUGACUCCUCAGGCAGCGAGAGCGAGGGGAGGCUGGCAGGACAGCCCAAGCCAGGCAGGAGGCAGCAACUGCGCAAGGCCUUCCAGCUUCUCAGCCCCAUCCACGAGCCAAAAGACAAGGGGGGUCACCUGGUCUGA